CAGGGCUGUUUGGGAGUUUGCAUGAACAAAAAAGCACCAGUCGGUAACAAACCCAAAUGAAUGGACGGCCGUUGUUUUAAAUACGUGCGCAUUUUAAAGCCACAGCAGGGUGACACAUAGCUGGUCGCUUGGUUGUAGCUAAACACGACGCCUGUUCCAACGGACUUACAUCUAUCUGAUCUGGACUGGUUUACGGCGUUUAGCCAUCUGAGCUGGCUAUGAGGUCUCUGGAGGACUGGAUUUCCCGGCUGGGUGUCUGCUAAGCCACAGUGAUACUAAAUCUGCAAAUCGAACGCGCGCAGGCUGUUCCUGCAGUGAGUCAGUAUCAUGGAGGCAGGCAGCGGGGCUGCUGCAGUGGUGGGGAAUACAGCGCUAGGACUGUUCACAGCUACAGGGAGUCAUGAUAUCUCUGACAGGGGACUGACGCCUGGUCGCAACCUGGAAGCUGACGACAUUGUGCCUGAGCUUGCCAGGAGCAUCCACCCGCGGGAAAGGCCUGACUGGGAGGAAACCAUCAGUGCCAUGGCACGGAGUGCAGAAGUCCCUGAACUGACCUGUCAGCCGCUGCUUCGGUCCUGCAGCAGCACUGCCAGCAUAAAGGUCAAGAAUGUUAAAAAACUUUCGUUUACGAAGGGCCACUUUCCAAAAUUAGCAGAAUGUGCCCACUUCCACUAUGAAAAUGUAGACUUUGGUACCAUACAGCUGAGCCUGGCAGAAGAGCAGAGUGAAGUAAGCCGGAAUGGCCUGGAGUCGAAGGAGCUUGUGUACCUGGUACAGAUUUACUGUCAGGUCUUUGACCAAGCCUAA